AUGACUAUCCCAGACCGAUCUAUCCGGAUAUGUGCCGACAGGGGAGGGACAUUCUGCGAUGUACAUGCAUCGUUCCCCGACCCAGAGAAUCCCAAGGAGAGGAAGGAAAUUGUCGUGAAGUUGCUGUCUCAGGAUCCAGCCAACUACCGCGAUGCGCCUACUGAAGGCAUCAGGCGGGUGCUAGAGAUCGCAACGGGCACACAGAUUCCUCGUGGAGAGGUCCUGCAGACGGACAAGAUCGAUUACAUCCGUCUCUCGACUACCGUAGCCACGAACGCGCUGCUCGAGCGCAAGGGGCACAAACACGCGCUCCUCAUCACGCGCGGCUUCAAGGACCUCCUGCUCAUCGGGAACCAGUCGCGCCCCAAGAUCUUCGACCUCAACGUCCGCCGCCCCGCGCCGCUCUACUCGACGGUGCUCGAGGUCGACGAGCGUGUCACGCUCGUCGGCUACACGUCUGACCCCAAGUCGGAGGAGCACGCAGUGCAGUUCGACGAGCACGGCAAGGUCACGCGUGGAUACCGCGGCAAGGGCUGGGACGGCGCGGGCGAUGCGGAGGGCCCCGGCGAGAUUGUCCAGGGUCUGUCUGGCGAGGCAGUACGCAUUCUGAAGCGGCCAGAGCUCGGCCCGGUGCGCGCGGACCUGCAGCGGCUGUACAGCGAGGGCUACCGCUCGCUGGCGAUCGUGUUCUGCCACUCGUACACGUUCCCGGAGCACGAGUCGGCGGUGGGCGCGGUCGCGCGCGAGGUCGGUUUCACGCACGUGUCCGAGUCGUCGCGUCUGCUGCCGAUGAUCAAGAUGGUGCCGCGCGGGGUGUCGUCGACGGCGGACGCGUACCUGACGCCGAUCCUGCGCGACUACCUCGACGGCUUCUUCAGCGGGUUCGACGCGCAGCUCAAGGACGGCCGGCUGCGCAGCCCGCGCGUCGAGUUCAUGGGCAGCGACGGCGGCCUACUGGACCUGACGAACUUCACGGGGCUGAAGAGCAUUCUGAGCGGGCCGGCGGGCGGUGUCGUCGGCUAUGCGCUCACCAGCUGGGACGAGGAACGCAAGCAUCCCAUCAUUGGCCUCGAUGUGGGCGGUACAUCGACGGACGUCUCUCGCUACGACGGCCGGUACGAGGUCGUGUACGAGACCACGACUGCCGGCGUGACCAUUCAGUCGCCACAGCUGGACAUCAACACCGUCGCAGCUGGUGGCGGCUCGUGUCUCACGUUCCGCAACGGACUCUUCCUGGCAGGCCCGGAGAGCGCGGGUGCAGAGCCUGGUCCUGCAUGUUAUCGUAAGGGCGGACCGCUGGCGGUGACCGACGCUAACCUGGUCCUCGGCCGCCUGGUGCCCGACUACUUCCCCAAGAUCUUCGGCAAGUCGGAGAAGGAGCCUCUGGACACGGAGGCGUCGCGGUCUGCGUUUGAAACGCUGGCGAAGGAGAUCAACGCGAACCAAGAAAAGCAGCUAGACCUCGACGAGAUCGUCUACGGUUUCAUCAAGGUCGCGAAUGAGACCAUGGCGCGACCAAUCCGCGCGUUGACGGAAGCAAGAGGAUAUGCAUUGUCUAAGCAUAUUCUCGCGAGCUUCGGCGGUGCGGGCGGUCAGCACGCCUGCGAGAUUGCGCAGCUGCUCGGCAUCAAGACCAUCCUCAUCCACCGAUACAGCUCCAUCCUCUCCGCCUACGGGCUGGCGCUCGCCGACCGCGUGUACGAGCUGCAGCAGCCCUCCUCCACGUUUUACACGCCGGACAACCGACAGACGCUCCUCACGCGGCUCGACAAGCUCGACGCGGACGUGCGCGCUGAGCUCGCGCGCCAGGGCUUCGAGGGCGAGCACGUCCACACAGAGCGCAUGCUCAACAUGCGCUUUGACGGCACAGACACAGCACUGAUGGUGCUGCCCCAUGCGAAGGAUGGUGACGGCCAGGAGGACUUCGAGGCUGCAUUCAAGCGCGCAUACAAGGCCGAGUUCGGCUUCCUGCUGGACACCAAGUCGAUCAUCGUCGACGACAUCAAGGUCCGUGGUAUUGGCAAGACAUUCGACACGCUCGGCGAGUCCGUCUUCGCCGAGGUCGCCAAAAUGGAGACGCGCGCGGUCGACCAGAAGAAGGCGGACACAACUUGGAGCGUCUACUUUGACCGCGUCGGGCGUGUCAACGACACGCCGGUGUACCUCCUGCCGGAUCUCGCGGAUGGGGACGUUAUCGAGGGCCCGGCGAUGAUCAUCGACAACACACAGACGAUCGUGCUCAUACCUGGGGCGCGGGCGCUGUUGACGAGCAAGCAUUUGUACAUUACCUUGGAGUAG